AUGAAUAAAUGGCUGAAAACUUGUAACAAGUCUAGUGAAGGCAGCGUUGCUUCUGAAAGUUCUGACGAAGUAGGCCUAAGUGGGAAAGAUGAGGAAAGUAUGGCGAGUUCGUCGACAUCAUUGCCAUGUGCCAAAGUGCCAAGAACGCAUAAUAAAAGUGCCAUAAAAAGAGUAAUAAGAAAAUAUGACGAUAGCUUUAUAAACUAUGGUUUUACAUUGACUGGUGAUAAGGAAGAACCAAGCGGACUUUGUGUUGAAUGUGAAAAGGUGCUGAAUAAUAGUAGUCUCUUUCCUGCAAAACUCAAACGACAUUUAGAAACCAAUUAUUCUCACUUGAAAAAUAAAAGCAGUGAAUAUUUUAAAAGGAAGUGCUUAGAAAUAGACGAAAGAAAGUUUCAUUCAUUUAUUUCUAAAGACAACAAAAGAGCUCUUAUUACUUCAUAUCGUAUUAGCUACCGUAUAGCUAAAGAACGUGAAUCCCAUACCACAGCUGAAAAUUUAAUCAAGCCUUGUGUCAAAGAUUUUGUGGAAUGUAUGACUGAUGAAAAAUACCUUCAAAACAUUAAAUGUGUACCUCUUUUAAACAAUACAGUUUCUAGGCGUAUUGAAGACAUGUCAACGUUUUGCGAAAAUGAAUUAAUAAGGCGAGUAAAGCUGAGUCCAACUUUUUCUCUCCAAAUGGAUGAAUCCACUGAUGUUACAGGCUUGGCCAUUUUACUAGUGUUCGUUCGUUAUAUGCAUGAAUCUCGUACUGAAGAAGAUAUUUUACUGUGUAAGCCUUUAGCUACGCACACAACAGGGGAAGAAAUAUUUAAGUUGGUUGAAUUUUUUAUGAAAGACCAUAGAAUUUCAUGGAAACAAUGUUCAAGCAUAUGCACUGAUGGAGCUGCUAAUAUGAUAGGAAACAUUUCGGGAGCUGUAGCACGCAUGAAGAAAGAAAACCCGGAAAUUGAAAGUAUCCAUUCCUUUCUUCAUCGGCAUGCACUUGCCAUCAAGCGCAUGCCCUUAAAUUUGAAAGAAAGAAAUCGUGAUCAAGGUAUUGAAGUUUUUGAUGCGUUUCCCAACAACCUUUGUGAAAAUAUUUUUCGUUAUAUGCUGCUACCAAAACCAAAUUUAGAAAUAGAUUGA